AUGGCCCUCUCCUUCUGCGGAAACGAUGGAAACGACUCAUACAAUGUGGACAAGGGGGUCCUCAACAAUGGCUGCUUUGUGGAUGCACUCAACCUGGUCCCACAUGUCUUCCUACUCUUCAUCACCUUCCCCAUCCUCUUCAUUGGUUGGGGCAGUCAAAGCUCAAAAGUGCAGAUCCACCACAACACCUGGCUCCACUUCCCUGGCCACAACAUGCGCUGGAUCCUCACCUUCACGUUACUCUUUGUCCAUGUGUGUGAGAUCGCAGAGGGCAUCGUCUCCAACCAGACGAUGAUCACCCCUCAUCUCCAUCUGUUCAUGCCGGCCUUCAUCGGCUUUAUCGCGGCCACCACCUCAGUGGUGUACUACCACAACAUCGAGACGGCCAACUUCCCCAAGCUGCUGUUGGCCCUGUUCAUCUACUGGGUGCUGGCCUUCAUCACAAAGACCAUUAAGCUGUGGAAGUUCGUGGAGUCGGAGAAAGGCCCGCAGCACCUGCGCUUCUGUAUCACGGCCAUGCUGGUCAUUCUCUACGGCCUGCUUAUGGCUGUAGAGGUCAAUGUCAUCAGAGUCAGGAAGUACGUUUUCUUCGCCAGCCCCCAGAAGGUGAAGCCGCCGGAGGACCUCCAGGACCUGGGAGUCCGCUUCCUGCAGCCCUUCGUCAACCUGCUGUCCAAGGCCACCUACUGGUGGAUGAACCCCCUCAUCAUGGGUGCCCACAAGCGGCCCAUCGAGCUCAAGAAGAUCGGCAAGCUACCCAUCGCCAUGCGCGCCCUCACCAACUACCUCAGGCUCAAAGACGCCUACGAGGAACAGAGGCAUACGGAGGACCCUGAGAAGGCUCCGUCCAUCUGGAAGUCCAUGUACCGGGCCUUUGGGCGUCCCAUUCUGCUGAGCAGCACGUUCCGUUACCUGGCCGACCUGCUGGGCUUCGCCGGGCCACUCUGCAUCUCCGGCAUCGUCAGCAACCUGGAGAAACGCAACAGCACUGUUGUGGCGGCACCAACACUCGUUGACAACACAAACUCUACUGGGGUCUACUUCAUGGAGUCCACGGAGCUGCUGGAGAACACUCCUGUACUGGCAGUUCUGCUGUUCCUCGCCCUGGUUCUGCAACGGACAUUCUUGCAGGCAUCAUACUACGUUACCAUAGAAACUGGUAUCAAUCUCAGAGGAGCUUUGCUGGCCAUGAUCUACAACAAGAUUCUGCGCCUCUCCACCUCCAACAUGUCCAUGGGCGAGAUGACCCUCGGCCAAAUCAACAACCUGGUUGCUAUAGAAACCAACCAGCUGAUGUGGUUCCUCUUCCUUUGCCCGAACCUCUGGGCCAUGCCUGUCCAGAUCAUCAUGGGGGUGAUACUGCUCUACUACCUGCUAAGGGAGAGUGCUCUCAUCGGGGCGGCUGUCAUUGUCCUGCUGGCACCCAUCCAGUACCUCAUCGCCACCAAGCUGGCUGACACCCAGAAGAGCACACUGGAUUACUCCACGGAGCGUCUGAAGAAGACCACUGAGAUCCUGAAGGGCAUCAAGCUGCUGAAGCUCUAUGCCUGGGAGAACAUCUUCUGCGACAGCGUGGAGGACACACGGGGCAAAGAGCUCACCAGCCUGCGCACCUUCGCCUUCUACACCUCCAUGUCCAUCUUCAUGAACGCGGCCAUUCCCAUAGCUGCCGUGUUAGCGACUUUUGUGACCCAUGCCUACCUGAACGAGGAGAGGCUGAGCCCCUCCAAAGCUUUCGCCUCAUUGGCUCUCUUCCACAUCCUGGUCACGCCCCUCUUUCUCCUCUCGACUGUCGUUCGCUUCGCUGUAAAGGCUCUGGUCAGUGUGCAGAAGCUGGGUGAGUUCCUCCAGAGCGACGAGAUUGGCGAUGACAGCUGGAGAAACGGAGAUAUGUCUGUCUCUCUGGAGUCAUGCAAGAAGCACACAGGAGUGACGAAAGCCUUCAACAGGAAGGAGCCAAGGCGCUACCAGCUGGACAGCUACGGCUAUGAGCAGCCUUCACGCAGACAGCCCCGGCCAGUUGAGACUGAGGACGUCGCAGUCAAAGUGAGCAGUGGCUAUUUCACCUGGGGAAACAACCUGUCCACUCUCUCCAACAUCAACAUCCGCAUUCCAACAGGUCAGCUAACCAUGAUUGUGGGCCAGGUGGGUUGUGGGAAGUCAUCACUUCUCUUGGCUAUGUUGGGGGAGAUGCAGACCAAUCGGGGUAGAGUCUACUGGAGCAAACUCCCUGAGUGUGAGAUGUUCCUCGAGGGGAUUACAAGCAAGAACAGGUACUCUGUGGCCUAUGCUGCGCAGAAGUCUUGGCUGCUCAACGCAACAGUUGAGGAGAACAUCACUUUCGGGAGUCCCUUCAACAAGCAGAGAUAUAAGGCCGUGAUAGAUGCCUGUUCACUGCAGCCAGACAUUGACCUACUGCCCUUUGGAGACCAGACAGAAAUCGGAGAAAGGGGCAUUAACUUAAGUGGAGGACAGAGACAGAGGAUAUGUGUGGCGAGAGCUCUCUAUCAAAACACCAACAUCGUUUUCCUGGACGACCCCUUCUCAGCAUUGGACAUCCACCUGAGUGACCACCUGAUGCAGGAGGGCAUCUUGAAGUUCCUGCAGGACGACAAGCGCACUGUGGUCCUGGUCACACACAAGCUCCAGUACCUCAUACACGCCGACUGGAUCAUCGCCAUGAAGGAUGGCUCUGUCCUAAGAGAGGGCACACUGAAGGACAUCCAGAACAAUGAUGUCGAGCUGUACGAGCACUGGAAGACCCUCAUGAACCGCCAGGACACGGAGCUAGAGAAGGACACGGAGCUGGAGAGCCAGACCACCCUGGAGAGGAAGACCCUGAGGAGAGCUUUCUACUCUCGCGAGGCCAAAAACCAGGUUGAUGACGAGGACGAAGAGGAGGAAGAGGAGGAGGACGAAGACGACAACAUGUCCACCACCACCAGCCGCCGGUCCAAGAUCCCCUGGAAGGUGUGCUGGCGCUACCUGUCCUCCGGCGGCUACUUCAUGGUGUUCAUGAUGGUGUUCUCCAAGCUGCUCAAGCACUCGGUCAUGGUGGCUAUCGACUACUGGCUGGCCUACUGGACCUCCGCCAACAGAUCCGACGGCGCGUCCUACAACAGCACCUCGAACUUCACCCACUCCAACUUGACCACCUACUCCAACUUCACCGAGGACGGAGACAGCUACAACGAGCACCAGUCCUACUACGUGUGGGUGUUCAGUAUCCUGUGCGGGUCGGGGAUCGUCCUCUGCCUCAUCACCUCCCUGACCGUGGAGUUCCUGGGCGUCUCGGCUGCCACCAACCUGCACCACAACCUGCUCAACAAGAUCAUCCACGCGCCACUGAGGUUCUUUGACGUCACACCCCUGGGGCAGAUCUUGAACCGAUUUUCAGCUGACACCAACAUCAUUGAUCAGCAUAUCCCCCCUACGCUGGAGUCUCUGACUCGUUCUACGCUGCUCUGCCUCUCGGCGAUCGGAGUCAUCGCGUUUGUGACCCCGGCCUUCCUCAUCGCCAUGCUACCCAUCACCGUAGGCUUCUACUUCAUCCAGAAGUACUUCCGGGUCGCCUCCAAAGACCUGCAGGACUUGGACGACUCGACCCAGUUGCCUCUGCUCUGCCACUUCUCUGAGACAGCUGAAGGCCUGACGACCAUCCGUGCCUUCAGACAUGAAGCGCGCUUCAAGCAGAGGAUGCUGGAGCUGACGGACACCAACAACACGGCGUAUCUCUUCCUCUCUGCUGCCAACCGCUGGCUGGAGGUCAGAACGGACUACCUUGGUGCUUGGAUCGUCCUGGCUGCUGCAGUGGCCGCCAUACUUACGACUGAGACGAAGUCUGCCCUAGUAGGCUUGGGACUGACCUAUGCCCUGACUGUUACCAACUACCUGAACUGGGUGGUGAGGAAUCUGGCAGACUUGGAAGUGCAAAUGGCCGCGGUCAAGAAAGUCAACAGCUUCCUGAGCACAGAGUCUGAGAACUACGAAGGAACCAUGGAUAAUUCUCAGGUGCCGGAUGACUGGCCCCAGCAGGGGGAGAUUAAGAUCCAGGACCUGUGUGUGCGCUACGACUCCUCGCUCAAACCCGUCCUCAAGCACGUCAGUGCCUACAUCAACCCUGGACAGAAGGUGGGCAUCUGUGGGCGCACGGGCAGUGGGAAGUCCUCCCUCUCGCUGGCUUUCUUCAACCUGGUGGAUGUUUUCCACGGGAAGAUUGUCAUCGACGGCAUUGACAUCUGCAAGCUGCCCCUGCAGACGCUGAGGUCCAGACUCUCCAUCAUCCUCCAAGACCCGGUACUCUUCAGCGGCUCCAUCCGGUUUAACCUGGAUCCAGAGCGCACCUGCACUGAUGACAGACUAUGGGAGGCACUGGAGAUCGCCCAGCUGAAGAACAUGGUCAAAGCACUGCCGGGAGGACUAGAUGGCGUCGUGACCGAGGGAGGGGAGAACUUUAGCGUCGGCCAACGGCAACUCUUCUGCCUGGCCAGAGCCUUCGUCCGCAAGAGCAGCAUCCUCAUCAUGGACGAGGCAACCGCCUCCAUUGACAUGGCAACGGAAAACAUUCUUCAGAAGGUGGUUAUGACGGCAUUUGCUGACAGGACUGUGGUCACCAUUGCACACCUGGUUGCUUCCAUUCUGGAAGCGGAGCAGGUGCUGGUGUUCACCUCGGGGAAUUUGGUGGAGUGUGACAGUGCGGCCAACCUGCUGGCCAAGCAGGACAGCAUCUUCAGUGAGCUUGUGAGGACUCACAAGUAACCCCCCUCGCCCUUUCCCCCUGCGUCUGCCAACGUCACAUACCUUCCUGCCAUUCAGCCACCGCCACACUGCGCUGGACACCCUGCAUCGUGUCCACACCAUCCUGACAGCUGAUCUGGUGAUUGUAAUGAAACGUGGGAACAUCUUGGAGUACGACAAACCAGAGACAUUACUCGAACAGGAAGGCGGC